AUGAAGAUCACCAGCUCAGCAGAGACUGAAGCAAUUACUUCACAAAAGUUGGUCAAGGGCCAUGCUUACUCUGUCACUGGAGCAGAAACAGUGAAUUAUCAAGGUGAUGAAGAGAAACUGAUCCGAAUCAGGAACCCUUGGGGUCAAGUGGAAUGGACUGGAAGCUGGUGUGACGAGGCACCUGAGUGGGAUUGCAUCCCUGGUGAAGAAAGAGAUCGACUGCGUGACGAAUCCGAAGAUGGAGAAUUCUGGAUGUCAUUUACCGACUUUCUCCAAAAUUUCUCGCGAGUGGAAAUCUGCAAUCUCACUCCUGACACACUUAGCAGUGAAGAAGUUCACAAGUGGAGCAUGAUGAUAUAUAAUGGCACUUGGAGGUCUGGAUCUACUGCAGGAGGAUGUCGAAACUAUCCACGAACAUUUUGGACAAAUCCUCAAUUUAAAAUCCAGCUGGAUGAAGCAGACGAGGAUCCUGCAGAUGACGAUGAUAAAUGUAGCUUUCUGGUUGGCGUGAUUCAGAAGAAUCGUAGAAAGCAAAGAAAAAUGGGUCAAGACAUGCAUACCAUAGGCUUCGCUAUCUAUGAGGUCCCUGACGAGUAUAAAGACCGAACUAAUAUUCAGCUGAGGAGAGAUUUUUUCAUGACGCAUGCAGCCAGAGCGAGAUCAGAAACCUUCAUCAAUCUGCGAGAGGUCAUGAGCCGUCUUGCUCUUGAACCUGGACAGUAUUUCAUUGUACCAUCCACUUUUGAGCCACAUAAAAAUGGAGAUUUUGCAAUUCGUCUAUUUACAGAGAAACAAACUGAUGUUCAAGUGAUAGAUGUUGAGGUUGAUGCAAGACUGGAAGACGAGGAGGUUGAUGAAGACGAUAUUAGUGCCAAUUUUGAGACUUUGUUUGAUCAUUUAGCAGGGCAGGAUGCAGAGAUUUCUUCCUUUGAGCUACAAAGAAUACUGAACAGAAUUGUGUCUAACAGUGUGCAAGAGAAAAUGGGCAUAAUGAACAGAGGAGUAGUGUAUGCUCUGUGGGAUUAUGACUCUCAAACUGAAGAUGAGUUAUCGUUUAAGGAAGGAGACUGUAUGUCAAUUAUCCGACGAGAAGAUGAAGCCGAGAUUGAAUGGUGGUGGGCACGACUAAAUGAUGGGGAAGGAUAUGUGUCACGCAACUUACUUGGUCUGAUGGCACUUGCUGAGUUUUGUUCCAUCAACCAACGCCAAUUAAUGAGCACAAUUUAG